AUGUUCAAAAACAUUCAGGAAGGAAAGCGAUGUUAUCCCGGCUGGGCGGGGCUGCCACGGCUUCCUCCGGGGCAGCAUUCCCCUCAGAUAGCUCGUCAGGAAACAGCAGGCAGGAUGAGACGCAUCCCCAACACCCUUACAGUCCUGACUGUGCUGACUGUGCCAAUGAUCUUGGUAGGGAACAAGUGUGACUUGGAAGACGAGCGCGUGGUGGGGAAGGAGCAGGGCCAGAAUCUGGCAAGACAGUGGAACAACUGUGCCUUUUUAGAGUCCUCUGCUAAGUCAAAGAUCAAUGUCCUUGAUAUCUUCUAUGACCUGACCCCCCCUCCGCCUCCUGCCCCUGCAGCAGCUCUGAGCCAGUUAGAGGUCCAGAGGGCGACGGGGCAGGGGCCCCCGUCAGCAUGCCCCGGGGUGGUGUCUGCACCCCCACACGUCCAAGCUCACACGCUGGCCAGCCCAUUGAAGCAGCACUAA